AUGUUCAGACCCAAGACUCCAUGUUGGAAUCUGGGGAUGAAACGGGCCAAUCCCCAGAAGGUGACGAUAUCCCUCAUCGGGAGCAUGCCAGACCCAGAAAGCGGACAAGACGGGCUUGUGACAAGUGCAGCACGUCACGGACGCGAUGUGAUGGAGAAUGGUGAGAAUGGUUCGCAUGCUUUUUAUUUCACAGACGCAAACUAUGGCUAUAUUUGCCGGUAUAACAGGGAGGUCAAAAAGCGAGGCCGCCUGCCGGCAUCUGCUACAGUGAAGUUCCAUUCUGAAUCACAGCGUCCCGUAUCUCAAAAUACGAGUACUCGUAAUGAUGAAUUCACAUCUCAAUCAUCGCCUCCAUCAGCAUCUCCUUCCAGUAGGUCGGGGGCUACGGACAGGCAACCUACAACGCUGUCCGCACGAGCAGAGCACGGUUCUCCGGGUGAUAAGAGUUCGCAGGUGGAGGAUGAUCAGCCAGUAUCUGCUUCCGCGAAUGUAGCCUCUCGCAGUCAAAGGCCUUCUGAGAAAAGGCGCCGACUGUCUACAUCCAUGUCCGUCCCAUCACUUAUACAGUCCGGCCUACGAAGCUACUCCCACUCCGAGUCUCAUUCGUUUCGCCCUCGUGCAGGGUCAUCAUCGGUAGCAUUCUUGGACAAUCAUAUUCCAGAAUCCGAAGCACUCAUCUCAGAUGAAAGUGCGGGAUAUCCGUCUCCAGCAAAUGCCAAUGGACCUUAUGAGUACCGCCGAAACCGCGAUCAUCGUGGGUCGUUCAGAUCUGCCGCCAGCAACGAAGUAGUGAGGGAGUCAUUCAGUACUGCAGCUGCCGUCCAAGAUGGCCCAUCGCCUGACUUGCUCCAAAAGGCGCCCACUGAAGACUGUUGUUAUAGGUUCCUUGACCCAGUCUUGCCUUUCAUACGGAACAUCCUUCCGGCUUCGGUGGCAUGCGAGCUGCUUGACAUCUUCCUUACCGAUCCAGGGAGCUCGCUUUUCCGAGGCGCUUCACCAUACAUUCUGACGCGCAUCUUCCGCAGGAAGUCCAUUCUGCAUCCGACGAACCCGAGGUAUGCUACACCUGCUCUGUUGGCUACAAUCUUGUGGUGUGUUGCCCAAACAGCAGAUGUAAUGCUCUUGCAUGUACCGGGAACUCAGACCCGGAUCGCUGGCGUCGUAUCCACGGUAUGA